CUAUAUUUCUCCAUGUUUUUGAUGUUAGUAAAUAUUCUAUAAAGUAUUUGUACAAUCUGGAACAAAAAUGAAUUCUCCAAAAGAUGUCCUGCGAAAAAAUCUGAAGAUGGUUCAUGGCUAUCCCAUUGUCUAUUCCUUUGCAAACAACUGGGAAAAGAUUGAACAGUUCGAGAGCAGACCAGAUGACAUUGUGAUAGCCACCUACCCCAAAGCAGGUACUACCUGGGUUAGUGAAAUUGUGGACAUGAUUCUAAAUGAUGGAGAUGUUGAAAAAUGCAAACGAGACUUUAUUACUGCUAAAGUUCCAAUGUUGGAAAUGGUUCUUCCUGGACUAAGAACUUCAGGUUUAGAACAAUUAGAAAAGAAUCCAUCACCCCGGCUGGUGAAGACACAUCUACCAGUUGAUCUUCUUCCUAAAUCUUUCUGGAAGAACAACUGUAAGAUUAUUUAUACCGCUCGAAAUGCCAAGGAUGUUGCUGUCUCAUAUUACCAUUUUGACUUAAUGAAUAAUUUACAACCUCUUCCUGGCUCCUGGGAAGAAUAUCUGGAGAAAUUCAUAACUGGAAAUGUGGCCUAUGGCUCCUGGUUUAAUCAUGUUAAGAGCUGGUGGAAGAAAAAAGGAGAACACCCAAUACUUUUCUUGCACUAUGAAGAUAUGAAAGAGAAUCCAAAGCAGGAAAUCAAGAAGAUUUUUCAAUUUCUAGAGAAGAAUUUGAAUGAUGAGAUCUUGGAUAAGAUUAUCCAUCACACCUCAUUUGAAAUGAUGAAAGAAAACCCUCUGGUGAAUUAUACACACUUACCAAGUACAGUGAUGGAUCACAGCAAAUCCUCUUUUAUGCGCAAAGGAGUUGCAGGUGACUGGAAGAAUUACUUCACAGUGGCCCAAAAUGAGAAGUUCGAUACCAUUUAUAAGAAGGAAAUGUCUGGAACCUCACUUCAGUUCCGCACAGAAAUUUAAAGGGCCUAAGUCACAAACCUUGAGAAAAGAACAAAUUGACCUGCAGUUUGUUGAAACGGGGGCAGUAAUGACAUGACCUGGGCAAUCAAAUGGAUUUAUAAAAGAGAAACUGUGAUUUUAAAACUC